CGGCACCUGUACGUCACUGAGUGCGUCUAAACAAGGAUCCUAGAAGUGGAGGUCAGCAGGGAGGAAGCAUGGCAGCCCUGUUAAGGAAGUCUUGCAGUGCUUUGCACAGCUCUGUCAGCAGGCAUGCACGCUUUGCAGUGGUUUGCAGGUCGAUGGCCUCCAAAACACCGAUUGGGUUCAUUGGACUUGGAAAUAUGGGAAAUCCAAUGGCAAAAAAUCUUGUGAAACAUGGGUAUCCUGUUAUUGCAUAUGAUGUGUUUCCAGAGGCCUGUAAAGAAUUUCUGGAUACUGGCGCCCAGAUUGCUGACUCGCCAUCUGAUGUUGCAGAGAAGGCUGACAGAAUUAUAUCCAUGUUGCCAUCAAGUUUGAAUGCGAUCGAUGUCUACACAGGACCAAAUGGAAUUUUGAAAAAAGUGAAGAAAGGUUCUUUGUUGAUUGACUCCAGCACCAUUGAUCCAGCAGUGUCUAAAGAACUGGCAAAAGCAGUGGAAAAAAUGGGAGCUGUUUUCAUGGAUGCACCUGUCUCUGGAGGUGUCGGGGCAGCCAGAUCUGGGAACCUCACAUUUAUGGUUGGUGGAGUUGAGCAAGAAUUUGAAGCUGCAAAAGAACUUUUGUCAUGUAUGGGAGCCAAUGUAGUUUACUGUGGAGAAGUUGGAACUGGGCAGGCAGCAAAAAUAUGCAAUAACAUGCUGUUGGCUAUUGGCAUGAUUGGCACAGCAGAGACUAUGAAUCUCGGAAUAAGAUUAGGGCUUGACCCAAAGCUGCUGGCCAAAAUUCUGAACAUGAGCUCUGGACGAUGCUGGUCAAGUGACACCUACAAUCCUGUACCAGGGGUGAUGGAAGGCGUGCCCUCUGCCAAUAAUUACCAGGGUGGAUUUGGAACAACACUUAUGGCCAAGGAUCUUGGUUUGGCCCAGGACUCUGCCACAAACACUAAAACCCCGACACCUCUGGGAUCUCUGUCUCAUCAGAUAUACAGACUUAUGUGUGCCAAGGGCUAUGCUCAGAAAGAUUUCUCGUCCAUCUUUCAGUUUUUACGUGAAGAAGAAAACUUGUGAACAGCUUUUUAAGAUCUUUACAAGCACUAUUUUUGAAUCCAUGUUAAGUAAAUCAGAAAAGGACAAAGUUAAAAGGGUGUACGUUGGUGAGGAAUUCUUUGUAGAAGUGAUUAUGUGGUCUCAGACGCAGCAUCCUUAUUAUGAAAAAAAGAAGUACAUGGUAAA